AGUGGACUGAGAACGCAUACACACCCAACAGACAGGUUCACUCGGCCUGCUCAAGCCCUCCUGCUUCUCUCUUCCACAGGCCAUUUUCUCUCCCUCAGUCGACGACGUUUAGAUUCCGACGGCCUCCGCUGGACGAGAAGGUUGAGAGGGUUCCGGUUGUGAGCGGGAGGCAGGGCUUGAGGUGGAGGGAGGGAAGAACAGAGCGGUGGAGGCGGAUGCGUGCGGCUACAGCUGGAGUGAUCGCGGCGAAGGAGCGACGCCCCGCCCAGUUGCCGCCGCCGGCCGCCGGCCACCGCAGAGCGAGACCUCAGUGAGGCAGUGAAGUACGGGGGUUCUGCGCGAGCUCCACCACAGCAGUGUCAGCGUGUGGAAGUCGGCGAUAGCAGAAUGGCUGGUUUCCGUCUCACUGGUCUGGAGGCACGCAAGGUGUUUGUUAGAAUGCUUAGCAGCGGGACAGGUGGCAGCGAUGCGGCUGUGGACGCCUUUGACCCUGCCAAGCGCCUCUGCAAGCUCAUCAUCUCCUGCCGGCAGGCCUCGGGGCUUGAGAUCGAGCUCGACCACAGCGACCUCCGAGUCACCCCGGAUGUCGCCGAGCGCGUCCUGGAGCGCCUCGACAACGCUGGUAUGCUCGCGUAUCGCUUCUUCGAGUGGGCGCGCAAGCAGAGGCGUGGCGGCUGCGCCCACACCGUCCGCUCCUUCCACACGGUGGUCGCGUCCCUCGCCAAGAUCCGCCAGUACCAGCUCAUGUGGGACGUCGUUGCCAUAAUGCGCCGGCAGGGCGUGGUCAAUGUCGAGACGUUUGGAAUCAUAAUGCGGAAGUACGCACGGGCGCAGAAGGUCGAUGAAGCUGUUUACACGUUCAAUGUCAUGGAGAAGUACGGCGUGGUGCCCAACCUCGCCGCUUUCAACAGCCUGCUUUGCGCGCUGUGCAAGUCCAAGAAUGUGCGCAAGGCGCAGGAGAUCUUUGAACAGAUGAAUGGCCGGUUCAGCCCUGAUGCCAAGACCUAUAGCAUCUUGCUUGAGGGUUGGGGAAGAGCGCCUAAUCUCCCAAAGAUGCGAGAGGUCUACAGUGAGAUGCUUGAAGCAGGCUGCCAGCCUGACAUAGUCACAUAUGGCAUCAUGGUUGAUUCCCUCUGCAAAACAGGUCGUGUUGAGGAAGCUGUCUUUGUGGUGCAGGACAUGAGCUCCAGGGGCUGCCAACCAACAACCUUCAUAUACAGUGUGCUCGUGCAUACUUACGGUGUUGAAAUGAGGAUCGAGGAUGCUGUUGCAACAUUUUUGGAUAUGCAGAAGGACGGGAUCGUGCCAGAUGUUGUGGUUUAUAAUGCACUUGUCACUGCCUUCUGCAAAGUGAAAAAAUUUGACAAUGCAUUUAGAGUCAUGGAUGACAUGGAAGGCCAUGGAAUCACCCCAAACUCAAGGACCUGGAACAUCAUCCUUAACAAGAUGAUUAGCCUUGGAAAAGAUGAAGAAGCAUACAGGGUCUUCCGCCGUAUGAUAAAGCGCUGCCAACCAGAUUCUGAUACAUACACCAUGAUGAUAAAGAUGUUCUGUGAGAAUGACAGGUUAGAGAUGGCACUGAAGGUAUGGAAAUAUAUGAGGUUGAAGCAGUUUCUGCCAAGCAUGCACACGUUCUCUGUGCUGAUCAACGGGCUGUGUGACAAGGGUGAGGUUAGCCAAGCUUGUGUUCUGCUUGAAGAUAUGAUAGAGAAGGGCAUUAGACCCCCUGGUUCAACAUUUGGCAAGCUGAGGCAGCUCCUUCUGAAGGAAGGAAGGAAGGAUGUGCUUGAAUUUCUCGUUGAUAAAAUGAAGAUUCUGAUACAGGAACCUUUGUUUGAUUGACCAUUCAUUAUGUUCCAAUGCAGGAGACAAAGGCUAAUAGUGAUUCUUCUUCAUAGGUAGUUUAGUUGAAAAGAUAUCACCUCAAUGUCUCUGUGAAAAGGGGGGAAAUCAAUUCAAUGUAGAUUUUCUUUCACCGAGGCUUGAGGGAGCAAAUGUCCAAUUCUCCAGGAUGGAUAAGGUAAAGGUAAAUCCAAUUAUAAGAAAAUAAAGCCAUUGACAAGAGGCAUAGAGGUUUCCUUGGAAAGGUCAAGAAAAAGCCAACACUGGCAAUCAAACCCAAAUCUUGAAGCUUUGAUGGGCUCUGCACAUCAGAUGGCUAUGGCUGUAAAAAAAAACAGAUGCCUCAAGACCCUGGGCUGAAUUCGCAGUGCUCAAGCGCUUUUUGGGGUAGCGGCGGAAUCCAUUGUGGGCAACGGGAGGCAAGAAAAUUCUGGUCUGACCGGUGGUUGCAAGGCAGAACAAUCACUGAGUUGGCUCCUAACUUGAUCAAGUUGAUCUCCAUAAGAGUUGUUAAACAUCGAACUGUUGCUCAAGCCCUGAACAGCCAAGGCUGGGUAACUGACAUCAAAGGAGCCCUAACGGUACAAGUGAAUUAUUGAGUAUCUUCAGAUUUGGGACAUGGUUGAUAAUCUGGUCUUACAUCAGAAAGUUCCUGAUCAGCAGCGGUGGCGUUUCACUCGGUCAGGUUCCUACAUGAGUACAUAUGCAUAUCACACUUUCUUCAUUGGAACCACAUCAAGUUCGCACCUUGGAAACAAAUCUGGAAAAGCUGGGCUCACCUGCACUGCAAAUUUUCAUUUCGUUAGUUGUAAACAGCCGGUGUUGGACAGCUGACCGACUUGCGAAGCGCGGCCUUCCCUAUCCAGUUGCUUGUCCCCUCUGUGAUCAGGCUGAGGAAACAAUCCAGCACACCAUCAUCUCAUGUGUGUUUGCUCAGCAGAUCUGGACACUAAUUUUCCAAAGGUUGGGCCUGAUUGCUAUUGUCCCUCAACCUACUGCUGCUCGGUUCUCUGCUUGGUGGAGCAAUGCUAUCAGUAGGGUUCCAAAGGUGCUGAGAGAAGGCCUCAACUCCCUGAUCAUUUUAAUACCUUGGGGGCUUUGGAAGCACCGAAAUGAUUGUGUUUGAAGGGGCAAACCCAAGUGUUCAGGUGGUUUUGCAAACAGUGGAUGAGAGUGGUUUAUGGUGUCUGGCUGGAAUCUCUGUGCUUUAUAAUCUCAGGAAGAGACGCUUGAAGUUCAUCAAGUUUCGGGCAAGGGAUCAUUGCAUUGAAACUUUACAUGCGUGAAGGAUAGUACUAUGCUUCGUCUGGCAAGCUCCUACUACUUGGUGUCUAAAAAAAUAGUUGUGGUUUGCCAAAUGGAAACAAGAAUUAUCCUGCACUGGCACUGCAAGUAUAUUUCAACAACUUAUAAGUAUUGGAAUUAUGGUGCGUGGCCUCAUGCUCCCCAUGGCAAUUUUGGAGGAAUCGCCUAAUGUUCUAUGUUCUGCAUGACUGAAACUGAAUGGUACCACUAUUAUUCAACUUGCAUCUGGGCAAAGUUUCGCGUGCUC